CACGGAAGAAGAAAACAUCCACACACUUACUUGAUGUUCCUGAUUGCCCUGAUUAUGACGAAGAUAUUGAUGACCCAUUUGCUCCAAUCCGACCGAUCAGUUCCAACCUAAAGACCCCUUAUUCUCUCUUACAUGGUACUCAGGCUACAACCCGUUGUUCUUUGAAGGAUCGAAUUCCAAGGUUGUCCGCCAGUUCUCGAUUCAAAUGGGGCUCCAUUGUCGAUUUAAAAGUCAUCGCCAACCACAAUCCUACGUCCUUCUAUGUUCAUAUCAAAGAGUUUAGAAUCCAGGAACGCUUAGAGACUUUGGCCCGAAAGAUGGCUCACCACUACCGAAACCCAGAAUUAUUGACGAUCCACCAUGCUUUGCAACCUUUGCAACUCAUAGCAGUUUGGUCAUCUUCUUUGCGCAUUUGGCGACGAGGGGAGGUUGUCAACCGUCUGGGCAUGGAAGAGUAUGAAGUAUUCCUCAUUGACUAUGGAAUCCAUGUACUGGUAUCAACACUAGAUAUACGCCAUCUUCACAUAGCAUUCAGCCAUUUGGAAGCUCAAGCCGUGGAAUGUGCGUUGGGAGGAAUCAUCUCAUGUAGGGGAAAGUCGCAUUGGUCGAGGAUGGCCCUUAAGACUUACCGGGUACUAUGUUCACAAGGCAAAUCGAUUUUCAUUGCCAAUCGUUACGAUUGUCCAAUGAACGACGGGCUCUUGUGGCUUUUGAGAGUGGUUGCCGAGUCAUCAGAGUCGAAAAUGGGUAUCAAUGUGAAUGAUGAAUUAGUCAAAUCUGGCCACGCCUUGAGCUAUUACCCUGGAGGAUACGGCCAUUGCAAUCAAAUUCUGAUGAACCAGUUUCAAGACAAAAUUGAAGCCAAGAUCUUGGCCAUGAAAAAUGACAUUCAAGAAGGGAGAAAAGGUGAACGAAGACCCAGCAGAAAAAAGCGAACGAACGAGGUGUGUGGAAAGCCUUGAUCCUUUGAUCCUUAAUAUUGGUCAAGUUAUUUAAAGCCAGAAGUUGAGGGAUUGGAUUAAAAUGGCGCAACCAGGUGACCUGCAAGAACAAGUUUUACCUCUUUUAUUGUCAUUUGCCACGUUACGUUAUUAUUGUGUUCUCUAGCGUGUGUGGGGAAUGUGUAUGUUGCGCAUAAAAAUGCCGUUCCUAAAUCCAAUAAAGAGGAAUUUCAAGGGCCCAUC